AUGCCAACUUCUACGAGCUUUUCCCAAGGGCAAGCCUUGGACAUCGACUUGUUACUGUCCAAACGCAUACGAAGAUGGCAACCUGGGGCCAUUCGUCGGUUGAUUCCGCUGGGGAGCAAACCGGGAAUGAUCUCUCUUGUGCCCGGAAUGCCACACCCGUCAACCUUUCCAUUUUCAAAUGUUUCUUUUGACGUCAAAAAUCCCGACGGAGGACCGGAAGAAACCAUUACAUUGGGCCACGAGCUGACGUCGAACGCCUUCCAAUACGACCUGGCAGGUGGUAACGCGCAUCUGAUUGACUGGUUCCUCGAACUACAAAAGCGUGUUCACGGAUUUUCAAAAGGCGAAAAUUGGUCAUGUUGCGUCGGCAAUGGAAGCCAGGACCUCAUUUUCAAGGCCUUCCAGGUCUUUACAGACCCAGGAGAUGCCGUAAUGAUUGAAUCCGGGGUUGUUGGCUUUCUCAAGGCCGAAAACCACAAGCUUAUUGAGAUCCCGACGGAUGCAUACGGCAUCAUCCCAGCGGAACUGGAGAAGAUCCUGUCCAGCUGGCUACCAGGGCGUCCCCGGCCCAAGGUCCUGUACACCACGCCAAUAGGAUCCAACCCGACCGGAGCGACCUGCCCGGAGUCGCGCAAGAUUGAGAUACUCAUGCUGGCGUACCGAUUCGAUUUUGUCAUCUUCGAGGAUGAUGCCUACUACUAUCUCAAUUACGACCCGCCCAGCAUGGCGCGAAGCUACCUUGGGUUGGAGGUCGAGCUGAUGGGAACCUCUGGCCGCGUUGCGCGGUUCGACUCGUUGAGCAAGGUCGUCAGCUCGGGAAUGCGAAUUGGUUUCCUCACUGGGUCAAAGCAGGUCGUACAGCUCGUAACCAGGGUGACCGAGAACACAAACCUCCAACCAUGCACCACCACGCAGGUCCUCGCCCUCGCUCUUUUCCGGCACUGGGGUCACGACGGCUUCCUGACCCACGGGAAGGCGGUCGCCGAUCUGUACCGUCGGCGGCGUGACCUGUUUUGCGCGGCCGCUAGCAAACACCUCGCCGCGCUGGCGACGUGGCACACACCGACCGCGGGCAUGUUUUUGUGGCUAAAACUUCGGCUGCCGCGCUGUUUGGAUAGUUUCGAACUGAUGGAACAGGGAGCGCUGCAAAACCGGGUGCUCGCCCUACCCGGGGGUGCUUUUUUUGUGGAUAGUGCAAAAACGAGCCAUAUCCGUAUCAGUUUUAGUUUAAUCGCCGAGGACCAGAUCGACGAAGCGUGUGCGCGUCUUGCAGAUCUGGUGCGGUGGGCUUGGGAAACGACAGGGGAGGAUGAAGGGGCGAGUGAUAGCUCCUCAUAA